AAGGAAAAACUCCAUGCAGAACUAAAACAGGUUUUGAGUCAGAAGAGAAAUCAGCUUAGAGACACCCAAUCCACUUCCACAGAUAUGGAUGAGGCCAUCCAAGACAGACAGUAAAAAUGAGGUGGAGAAGGAUAUGCAGUUGUCAGAGCUUGUGGAAGUGGUUGUUGAAACCGAGGCUGAAGUUGGAGCCAGUGGUUACAGUGUGGUUGGUGGAGGUGAGCGAGGCAUCUUCAUCAAAGAUGUCUUGAAAGACUCCCCAGCAGCGAAGCACCUCAGCCUACAGAAAGGAGAUCAACUUCUAAGUGCCAGGGUGUAUUUUGAUAACGUGAAAUAUGAGGACGCAUUAAAAAUUCUUCAGUGUGCAGAACCCUACAAAGUGUCCUUCUUUUUGAAGAGGACUGUGCCAGAAAGUGAAGUCAGCAUACGUCAAGGUGCACAAACUCUUGACCUCAGAGGACCUAAGGCCAAGAUGCAAAGAAUGAGCGUCAAAAGUGUGAAACCAUUCAAAACCAAGAAAAGGAGAGGAGGAAGAUUUGGAUUGAAAAGACUGAAAGAGAACAAAAAAGCAAGAGAUCGGGCAGAGCUGGACAUUGAGGGCUUACAUGGUAGAUCAGACCUCAGUCCUGUUGAUGUUGAGUUUGUUUUCCCAAAGUUCAAAUUGAGGAAAGGUGGGAAAUCCACUGCAGGUGAAUCAGGACAUCUGGAAGGCAUGAUCACUGGUGGCAAGAAGAAGAGGAAGAUCCGAUUUACAAAAAUGAAAGCCACAGAUGCUGCUGUCAGUGAAGGGAAUGUUAAUGUAGAUGUUUCAACACUUGAGGGAGAGGGCUCUGGGGCAGCGCUGAAGGGCAAGGCAAAGGGUGCAAAAUUUGGAAUGAGUUUCCCCAGAUUAAAAAAGUCAAAAUUAGGUGUAAAAUCUCCUAAUGACAGCUCUGAGGUGAAAGAACAAGAGGCCAAAUUUAAGACUCCCUCAGUAGAGUGUGAUUUCAACAUGACUCAGGGCAAAGCUGAAGCUAAUGCUCCUAAUCUUGAGGUUGGUGGGAAAGGAAAAGGAGAGGGUCCUGAGAUAAAGAUGACAAAGAUUAAUCUGGAUGUCUCAGAUACAAAGAUGACAAUCCCAACAAUCAAAUUGCCAAAGGUAAGACUUUCUUGUCAUUCAGAUGAAAUUGAUGGAGAGGCAAGUAAACAAAUUGGUACAUCUGAAAAUAAACUGAAAAUGACAAAUAUUGACAUCAAAACACCAAAAGUAGAUAUGGACGUGAAUAUCCCAAAGUUUGAAUUGGAAGAUGUUGAAGGAACAAAAAUCAGCACACAGAAAUUUGACCCAUCAUUACCCAAGAUAAAUUUUGAUGCAAAACAAAAAUUUGGAGAUGACAUUGAUGGAUCCAUGGUCAAAAAGCACGAGAUGUCUCUACCCAAAUUUGACAUUGAAGUCCCCAAAAUAAAGACAUCAGAUGUGGACAUUGUUCUUCCUAAAUUAGAUGUGACUGCAAAGAGCAUUGAUUCAGGGGGGCAUGUAAGUACAGGGGCAAGUUUUGAAAUGACAAAAUUAGACACCUCUCUUCCAAAAGUAAAAUCUCCUGAGGGUGAGGUCACCCUUGAAGGCCCUGGAGCAAAAGGAGGAAAAUUUCACAAGCCAAAUAUCAGUAUUUCAUUACCAAAAGAGAGAACAGCAGAAGGAAAGAUAGAAGGUAAUUCUGAGAAAAAAGCAAAUGUAAAAAUGCCUCAGAUAGAUAUUUCCCACCCCAAAAUUUAUUUACCGCAAGAGCAAAUUGAUAUUGAAAGGCCUGAAGGUGAAGCAAAGGUUGAUAUUUUGAAUGAAAUUAUAGAGAGGGGUGCAGAUAUUAAGGGCCACUUUGAAAAAGGGGGAAAGUUUAAAAUGCCUGCUGUAGAUUUGUCCCUACCUAAUGUGAAAUUACCUGAGCAUACCAUGACUGAGGGGCCAGCAAUAAAGCAAGGAAAAUUUAAUAUGCCAUUAUAUGAAACAGAAGGAAAUGUUGAGGUUGGAGAUCUGUCUGGAAAAGGAGGAAAAUUUAACAUGCCACAUCUAGAUGUUUCACAUCCAAAGAUGAAUAUCUCUACAGGUGAAAUAAAAAUUGAGGAUUCAGAGGUCAAAGGUGAGAAAUUCCAAACACCAUCCAUUGACAUAUCUUUACCAAAAGGAAAAGUAGAGGUUGGUGUUGAGGUUAAAAGUUAUUCUGGAAAAGCAGAAAUGCCCCAAACUGAUGUUAAAGUGUCACUGCCAGAGGGUAAAGAUAUUAAUGUUAAAAGCUCUGGUAAAUGUGAAAAGGCUGAAAUGCCAAAGGUUGAUAUCUCUCUGCCUGCGGUGAAUUCUCCUGGUGUUGAGAUUUCCUUGCCAAAAAUGUCACCAGAAAGUGACAUCAGUACUGAAGGGCCCAAUAGUCAUAUCAAAAAAGGAGUAAAGUUUCAAAUGCCCAAAGUAGACCUUGCACUCCCAAAGAUUAAAUCAAGACCUGUGGAAGUAAAUUUGGAAGGACCUGAGGUAAAAGGAGGUAAAGUUUACACACCUUCCAUAGACAUUUCUUUGCCUAAAGAUAAAACCAAGACACACUUUGAUACAGAAGGAAAUUCUAAAACUGGUAUGAAAUUUAAAAUGCCAAAAAUUGAUUUUUCACUACCAAAAGCAAAAGCUCCUGACGGUGAAAUGAAAGUUGAAGCAAACGAAGAAACAAUUGAUAUUAAGAGUGGAAAGUUUCACAUGCCUUCCAUAGACAACACUCUGCCAGAAGCAGAAGGUCAUCUAUAUGUUGAAGGACAUGGAAGAAAAGGUGGGAAAUUUGAAAUUGCUAAAAAUGAUGUUUCCUUGCCUAAAUUAAAACCAUCAGAGGCUGAAGUCAUUGUUGAAGGUCCCGAUAUUCAAAGUGGAAAGGUUCACAUGCCUUCUAUAGACAUCAGUCUACCAGUUGGAGGAGUAGGAAGUGAUUUAGAUGUCAAAGGAAACAAAAGGAAAGGAAGAAGGUUUGAAAUGCCAAAAUUUGAUGUUACCUUGCCUAAACUAAAACCACUAGUGGCUGAAAUUAAUGUUGAAGGUCCUGAUCUCAAAGGUGGAAAGUUACACAUGCCCUCUGUAGAUAUCUCUCCACCAAAAGGAGGGGCAGAAGCUGGUUUAGAUGUUAAAGGAUGUGGAGAAAAAGGAGAAAAAUUUGAAAUGCCCAAAAUUGAUGUUUCCUUGCCCAAAUUGAAACCCUCUGAGGCUGAGGUCAACAUCAAAGGUCCCGAUAUCAAAAAUGGAAAGCUUCAUAUGCCCUCUCUAGAUAUCUCUCUACCAAGAAGUGGAACAGGAGGUGAUGUAGAUGUUGAGGGACAUGGAGGAAAGGAGGAAAAUGUGAAAUGCCCAAAAUUGAUGUUUCCUUGCCCAAAUUUAAAACCAUCAGGAGUUGAAAUCAACACUGAAGGUCCCGACAUCGAAGGUGGAAACUUUCACAUGCCCUCUAUUGAUAUCUCUCUACCAGGAGGUAGAGCUGAAGGUAAUGUAGACGUCAAAGCUCAUGGAGAAAAAGGUGGAAAAUUUGAAAUGCCAAAAUUGGAUGUUUCCUUGCCUAAGUUUAAACCAUCUGCAGCUAAAGUCAAUGUUGAAGGUCCCGAUAUCGAAGGUGGCAAGUUUCAAAUGCCCUCUAUAGAUAUCUCUCUACCAGGAGGUGAUGUACAAGUUGAAGGACAUGGAGGAAAAGGAGGAAAAUUUGAUAUUUCCUUGCCCAAAUUCAAACCAUCUGGAGCUGAAGUCGAUGUUGAAGGUCCUGAUAUCAAAGGUGGAAAAUUUCACAUGCCCUCUGUAGAUAUCUCUCUACCAGGAGGUGGAGCAGGAGGUGAUGUAGAUGUCAAAGCUCAUGGAGGAAAAGGAGGAACAUUUGAAAUACCAAAACUGGAUGUUUCCUUGCCCAAACUAAAACCAUCAGGAGGUGAAAUCAACAUUGAAGGUCCCGAUAUCAAAGGUGGAAAGUUUCACAUGCCCCCUAUAGAUAUCUCUCUACCAGGAGGUGGAGCUGAAGGUAAUGUAGAUGUCAAAGCUCAUGAAAGAAAAGGAGGAAAAUUUGAAAUGCCAAAAUUGGAUGUUUCCUUGCCUAAGUUUAAACCAUCUGGAGCUAAAGUCAAUGUUGAAGGUCCUGAUAUCGAAGGUGGAAAGUUUCACAUGCCCUCUGUAGAUAUCUCUUUACCAAGAGGAGGGGCAGGAGCUGAUGUAGAUGUCAAAGCUCAUGGAGGAAAAGGAGGAAAAUUUGAAAUGCCAAAACUGGAUGUUUCCUUGCCCAAAUUUAAACCAUCUGGGGCUGACGUCAAUGUUGAAGGUCCCGAAAUCAAAGGUGGAAAGUUUCACAUGCCCUCUCUAGAUAUCUCUAUACCAGGAGGUAGAGCUGAAGGUAAUGUAAAUGUCAAAGGACAUGGAGGAAAAGGAGGUAAAUUUGAAAAGCCAAAAUUUGAUGUCUCCUUGCCCAAAAUAAAACCAUCAGGAGGUGAAAUCCACAUUGAAGGUCCAGACAUCGAAGGUGGAAAGUUUCACAUGCCCACUGUAGAUCUCUCUUUACCAAGAGGAGGAGCAGAAGGUGAUGUAGAUAUCAAAGCUCAUGGAGUAAAAGGAGGUAAAUUUGAAAAGCCAAAAUUCGAUGUCUCCUUGCCCAAAAUAAAACCAUCAGGAGGUGAAAUCAACAUUGAAGCUCCAGACAUCGAAGGUGGAAAGUUUCACAUGCCCUCUGUAGAUAUCUCUUUACCAAGAGGAGGAGCAGAAGGUGAUGUAGAUAUCAAAGCUCAUGGAGGAAAAGGAGGAAAAAUUGAAAUGCCAAAAUUGGAUGUUUCCUUGCCUAAGUUUAAACCAUCUGGAGCUAAAGUCAAUGUUGAAGGUCCCGAUUUCAAAGAUGACAAGUUUCACAUGCCCUCUCUAGAUAUCUCUCUACCAGGAGGUAGAGCUGAAGGAAAUGUAGAUGUCAAAGGACAUGAAGGAAAAGGAAAAUUUGAAUUGCCAAAAUUGGAUGUCUCCUUGCCUAAAUUUAAACCAUUUGGAGCUGAAGUCAAUGCUGAAGGUCCCGACAUCGAAGGUGGAAAGUUUAACAUGCCCUCUGUAGAUAUCUCUUUACCAAGAGGAGGAGCAGAAGGUGAUGUAGAUGUCAAAGUUCAAGAAGAAAAAGGAGGAAAAUUUGAAAUGCCAAAAUUGGAUGUUUCCUUGCCUAAGUUUAAACCAUCUGGGGCUAAAGUCAAUGUUGAAGGUCCCGAUAUCAAAGGUGGAAAGUUUCACAUGCCCUCUGUAGAUAUCUCUCUACCAGGAGGUUUAUCAGGAGGUGAUGUAGAUGUCAAAGCUCAUGGAGGAAAAGGAGGAAAAUUUGAAAUGCCUAAAUUUGAUGUUUCCUUGCCCAAAUUUAAACCAUCUGCGGCUGACGUCAGUGUUGAGGGUCCCGAUAUCAAAGGUGGAAAGUUGCACAUGCCCUCUCUAGAUAUCUCUCUACCAGGAGGUAGAGCUGAAGGAAAUGUAGAUGUUAAAGCUCAUGGAGGAAAAGGAGGAAAUUUUGAAAUGCCUAAAUUUGAUGUUUCCCUGCCCAAAUUUAAACCAUCAGGAAGUGAAAUCAACAUUAAAGGUCCAGACAUCGAAGGUGGAAAGUUUCAAAUGCCCACUUUAGAUAUCUCUUUACCAAGAGGAGGAGCAGAAGGUGAUGUAGAUGUCAAAGCUCAUGGAGGAAAAGGAGGAAAAUUUGAAAUGCCAAAAUUGGAUGUUUCCUUGCCUAAGUUUAAACCAUCUGGGGCUGACGUCAGUGUUGAAGGUCCCGAUAUCAAAGGUGGAAAGCUUCACAUGCCCUCCCUAGAUAUCUCUACACCAGGAGGUGAUGUAGAUGUUGAAGGACAUGGAGGAAAAGGAGGAAAAUUUGAAAUGCCAAAAUUGGAUGUUUCCUUGCCCAAAUUUAAACCAUCUGGGGCUGACGUCAGUGUUGAAGGUCCCGAUAUCAAAGGUGGAAAGUUUAACAUGCCCUCUGUAGACAUAUCUUUGCCUAGAGGAGGAGCAGAAGGUGAUGUGGAUAUCAAAGCUCAUGGAGGAAAAGGAGGAAAAUUUGAAAUGCCAAAAUUGGAUGUUUCCUUGCCUAAGUUUAAACCAUCUGGAGCUAAAGUCAAUGUUGAAGGUCCCGAUAUCAAAGGUGGAAAGUUUCACAUGCCCUCUGUAGAUAUCUCUAUACCAGGAGGUAGAGCUGAAGGAAAUGUAGAUGUCAAAGGACAUGGAGGAAAAGGAGGAACAUUUGAAAUGCCAAAAUUGGAUGUCUCUUUGCCUAAAUUAAAACCAUCAGGAGGUGAAAUCAACAUUGAAGGUCCAGACAUCGAAGGUGGAAAGUUUCACAUGCCCAAUGUAGAUAUCUCUUUACCAAGAGGAGGAGCAGAAGGUGAUGUAGAUGUCAAAGCUCAUGGAGGAAAAAGAGGAAAAUUUGAAAUGCCAAAAUUGGAUGUUUCCUUACCUAAGUUUAAACCAUCUGGGGCUGACGUCAGUGUUGAAGGUCCCGAUAUCAAAGGUGGAAAGCUUCACAUGCCCUCUGUAGAUAUCUCUCUACCAGGAGGUGGAACAGGAGGUGAUGUAGAUGUUGAAGGACAUGGAGGAAAAGGAGGAAAAUUUGAAAUGCCUAAAUUUGAUGUUUCCUUGCCCAAAUUUAAACCAUCAGGAGGUGAAAUCAACAUUGAAGAUCCAGACAUCGAAGGUGGAAAGUUUCACAUGCCCACUGUAGAUAUCUCUUUACCAAGAGGAGGAGCAGAAGGUGAUGUAGACGUCAAAGCUCAUGGAGGAAAAGGAGGAAAAUUUGAAAUGCCAAAAUUGGAUGUUUCCUUACCGAAAUUUAAACCAUCUGGGGCUGACGUCAAUGUUGAAGGUCCUGAAAUCAAAGGUGGAAAGUUUCACAUGCCCUCUCUAGAUAUCUCUAUACCAGGAGGUAGAGCUGAAGGUAACGUAGAUGUCAAAGGACAUGAAGGGAAAGGAGGAAAAUUUGAAAUGCCAAAAUUGGAUGUUUCCUUGCCCAAAUUAAAACCAUCAGGAGGUGAAAUCGACAUUGAAGGUGGAAAGUUUCACAUGCCCACUGUAGAUAUCUAUUUACCAAGAGGAGGAGCAGAAGGUGAUGUAGAUGUCAAAGCUCAUGGAGGAAAAGGAGGAAAAUUUGAAAUGCCAAAAUUGGAUGUUUCCUUGCCUAAGUUUAAACCAUCUGGAGCUAAAGUCAAUGUUGAAGGUCCCGAUAUCAAAGGUGGAAAGCUUCACAUGCCCUCUAUUGAUAUCUCUCUACCAGGAGGUGGAACAGAAGGUGAUGUAGAUGUUAAAGGACAUGGAGGAAAAGGAGGAAAAUUUGAAAUGCCAAAAUUGGAUGUUUCCUUGCCCAAAUUUAAACCAUCUGGGGCUGACGUCAGUGGUGAAGGUCCCGAUAUCAAAGGUGGAAAGUUUAACAUGCCCUCUGUAGACAUAUCUUUGCCUAGAGGAGGAGCAGAAGGUGAUGUAGAUAUCAAAGCUCAUGGAGGAAAAGGAGGAAAAUUUGAAAUGCCAAAAUGGGAUGUUUCCUUGCCUAAGUUUAAACCAUCUGGAGCUAAAGUCAAUGUUGAAGGUCCCGAUAUCAAAGGUGGAAAGUUUCACAUGCCCUCUCUAGAUAUCUCUAUACCAGGAGGUAGAGCUGAAGGAAAUGUAGAUGUCAAAGGACAUGGAGGAAAAGGCGGAACAUUUGAAAUGCCAAAAUUGGAUGUCUCUUUGCCUAAAUUAAAACCAUCAGGAGGUGAAAUCAACAUUAAAGGUCCAGACAUCGAAGGUGGAAAGUUUCACAUGCCCACUGUAGAUAUCUCUUUACCAAGAGGAGGAGCAGAAGGUGAUGUAGAUGUCAAAGCUCAUGGAGGAAAAGGAGGAAAAUUUGAAAUGCCAAAAUUGGAUGUUUCCUUACCUAAGUUUAAACCAUCUGGGGCUGACGUCAGUGUUGAAGGUCCCGAUAUCAAAGGUGGAAAGCUUCACAUGCCCUCUGUAAAUAUCUCUCUACCAGGAGGUGGAACAGGAGGUGAUGUAGAUGUUGAAGGACACGGAGGAAAAGGAGGAAAAUUUGAAAUGCCAAAAUUGGAUGUUUCCUUACCUAAGUUUAAACCAUCUGGGGCUGACGUCAGUGUUGAAGGUCCCGAUAUCAAAGGUGGAAAGCUUCACAUGCCCUCUGUAAAUAUCUCUCUACCAGGAGGUGGAACAGGAGGUGAUGUAGAUGUUGAAGGACACGGAGGAAAAGGAGGAAAAUUUGAAAUGCCUAAAUUUGAUGUUUCCUUGCCCAAAUUUAAACCAUCUGCGGCUGACGUCAGUGUUGAAGGUCCCGAUAUCAAAGGUGGAAAGUUUCACAUGCCCUCUCUAGAUAUCUCUCUACCAGGAGGUAGAGCUGAAGGAAAUGUAGAUGUUAAAGCUCAUGGAGGAAAAGGAGGAAAAUUUGAAAUGCCAAAAUUUGAUGCUUCCUUGCCCAAAUUUAAACCAUCAGGAGGUGAAAUCAACAUUGAAGGUCCAGACAUCGAAGGUGGAAAGUUUCACAUGCCCUCUGUAGAUCUCUCUUUACCAAGAGGAGGAGCAGAAGGUGAUGUAGAUGUCAAAGCUCAUGGAGGAAAAGGAGGAAAAUUUGAAAUGCCAAAAUUGGAUGUUUCCUUACCUAAGUUUAAACCAUCUGGGGCUAAAGUCAAUGUUGAAGGUCCCGAUAUCAAAGGUGGAAAGCUUCACAUGCCCUCUGUAGAUAUCUCUCUACCAGGAGUUAGAACAGGAGGUAACGUAGAUGUCAAAGGACAUGAAGGAAAAGGAGGAAAAUUUGAAAUGCCAAAAUUGGAUGUUUCCUUGCCCAAAUUAAAACCAUCAGGAGGUGAAAUCGACAUCGAAGGUGGAAAGUUUCACAUGCCCUCUGUAGAUAUCUCUUUACCAAGAAGAGGAGCAGAAGGUGAUGUAGAUGUCAAAGCUCAUGGAGGAAAAGGAGGAAAAUUUGAAAUGCCAAAAUUGGAUGUUUCCUUGCCCAAAUUUAAACCAUCUGCGGCUGACGUCAGUGUUGAAGGUCCCGAAAUCAAAGGUGGAAAGUUUCACAUGCCCUCUCUAGAUAUCUCUAUACCAGGAGGUAGAGCUGAAGGAAAUGUAGAUGUCAAAGGACAUGGAGGAAAAGGAGGAAAAUUUGAAAUGCCUAAAUUUGAUAUUUCCUUGCCCAAAUUUAAAUCAUCAGGAGGUGAAAUCAACAUUGAAGCUCCAGACAUGGAAGGUGGAAAGUUUCACAUGCCCUCUGUAGAUUUCUCUUUACCAAGAGGAGGAGCAGAAGGUGAUGUAGAUGUCAAAGCUCAUGGAGGAAAAGGAGGAAAAUUUGAAAUGCCAAAAUUGGAUGUUUCCUUACCUAAGUUUAAACCAUCUGGGCCUGACGACAGUGUUGAAGGUCCCGAUAUCAAAGGUGGAAAGCUUCACAUGCCCUCUGUAGAUCUCUCUUUACCAAGAGGAGGAGCAGAAGGUGAUGUAGAUGUCAAAGCUCAUGGAGGAAAAGGAGGAAAAUUUGAAAUGCCUAAAUUUGAUAUUUCCUUGCCCAAAUUUAAACCAUCAGGAGGUGAAAUCAACAUUGAAGGUCACAACAUUGAAGGUGGAAAGUUUCACAUGCCCUCUGUAGACAUAUCUUUACCAAGAGGAGGAGCAGAAGGUGAUGUAGAUGUCAAAGCUCAUGGAGGAAAAGGAGGAAAAUUUGAAAUGCCAAAAUUGGAUGUUUCCUUGCCUAAGUUUAAACCAUCUGGAGCUAAAGUCAAUGUUGAAGGUCCCGAUAUCAAAGGUGGAAAGCUUCACAUGCCCUCUAUUGAUAUCUCUCUACCAGGAGUUGAAACAGGAGGUGAUGUAGAUGUUGAAGGACAUGGAGGAAAAGGAGGAAAACUUGAAAUGCCAAAAUUGGAUGUUUCCUUGCCCAAAUUUAAACCAUCUGCGGCUGACGUCAGUGUUGAAGGUCCCGAUAUCAAAGGUGGAAAGUUGCACAUGCCCUCUCUAGAUAUCUCUCUACCAGGAGGUAGAGCAGAAGGAAAUGUAGAUGUUAAAGCUCAUGGAGGAAAAGGAGGAAAAUUUGAAAUGCCAAAAUUGGAUGUUUCCUUACCUAAGUUUAAACCAUCUGGAGCUAAAGUCAAUGUUGAAGGUCCUGAUAUCAAAGGUGGAAAGCUUCACAUGCCCUCUGUAGAUAUCUCUUUACCAAGAGGUGGAGCUGGAGGUAAUGUAGAUGUUGAAAGACAUGGAGGAAAAGGAGGAAAAUUUGAAAUGCCAAAAUUGGAUGUUUCCUUGCCCAAAUUUAAACCAUCAGGAGGUGAAAUCAACAUUGAAGGUCACAACAUCGAAGGUGGAAAGUUUCACAUGCCCCCUAUAGAUAUCUCUCUACCAAGAGGUGAAGCAGAAGGUGAUGUAGAUGUCAAAGCUCAUGGAGGAAAAGGAGGAAAAUUUGAAAUGCCAAAAUUGGAUGUCUCCUUGCCCAAACUAAAACCAUCAGGAGGUGAACUCAACAUUGAAGGUCCUGACACCGCAGGUGGAAAGUUUCACAUGCCUUCUGUAGAUUUCUCUUUACCAAGAGGAGGAGCAGAAGGUGAUGUAGAUGUCAAAGCUCAUGGAGAAAAAGGAGGAAAAUUUGAAAUGCCCAAAUUUGACGUUUCCUUGCCAAAAUUAAAACCAUCAGGAGGUGAAAUGAACAUUGAAGGUCCUGAUAUCAAAGGUGGACAGUUUCACAUGCCCUCUGUAGAUAUCUCUUUACCAAGAGGAGGAGCAGAAGGUGAUGUAGACGUCAAAGCUCAUGGAGGAAAAGGAGGAAAAUUUGAAAUGCCAAAAUUGGAUGUUUCCUUGCCUAAGUUUAAACCAUCUGGAGCUAAAGUCAAUGUUGAAGGUCCCGAUAUCAAAGGUGGAAAUUUUCACAUGCCCUCUCUAGAUAUCUCUAUACCAGGUGGUAGAGCUGAAGGUAACGUAGAUGUCAAAGGACAUGGAGGAAAAGGAGGAAAAUUUGAAAUGCCAAAAUUGGAUGUUUCCUUGCCCAAAUUAAAUCCAUUAGGAGGUGAAAUUGACAUUGAAGGUCCCGACAUUGAAGGUGGAUAUUUUCACACGCCUUCAAUAGAUAUUUCUGUACCAAGAGAAGAACCAGAAGGUGAUGUAGAUGCUAAAGCUCAUGGAGGAAAAGGAGGAAAAUUUCAAAUGCCUAAAUUGGAUGUUUCCUUGCCUAAAUUUAAAACAUCAGGGGCUGAAAUCAAUGUUAAAGGUCCUGAUGUCAAGAGCGAAAAGUUUCACAUGCCCACUAUUGAUAUCUCUCUCCCAAAAAUUAAAUUAGAACGUGAAACCGAUGUUGGGCUAGAGGAAGAAGACAUCUCAGUACCUAAAAUAACCCAUGGAUUUGAAGUAGAGACCAAAGCUACUGGUGCCAGAAUGAGUGAUAUAAAUGUCCCUGAGGUAACUUUAGGUGGCAACAUCAAACUACCCACUGUGAAAAUACCAACUGUUGACAUAUCUGCUCCUAAGGUUGAUCUGGACUUUACCCUUCCAAAGGCAAAGAGCACUGAUAGAGAAAAUGUUGAACUUCUAAAGGCAGAGGACGGAAGGCCGUCAUCUGGAUCAAGUUUUGAUGUUCCAGAGGUCUCUUUAAAAAUGCCCAAGAUUUCACUCCCAAAAUUUGGCAGAAAAUUAAAAAGUGGAGACAAAUUAGAAUUAGAAAGUCCAGGCUUAUCUAUAGAUUUGGACACGCAAAUAACAUCGCCCUCAAUAGAAGCAGAUGGCAAAAUGAAGAAGGACAAAAUCAAAAUGCCAUCAAGUGGAACAGAUAAAAAGGAUAUUGAAAUAACUGGACCUAAUGCUGAAAUCAAGAUACAGGGGAGUACUGGGGAAAUUACAAAACCAGAAAUCAAAAUGGAGAGUCCUGAUGACAAGGUCAAACACAAGCUCAAAUUCCCCAAAUUUAAGACAACUGUUCCAAAAUCAAAGCUCAAAGAUGUAGAAAUGGAUAUGCCUGCAGUGGAUAGCAAAGGAAAAGUCAAAAUUCCAGCAGUUGAGAUAUCACUGCCAACAGCAAAUAUCCCAGAGUGUGAGGUAUUGCUUCCAAAAACUGAAGUUGAUGUAUCUGAAGCAGAUAUCAGAGGUUAUGAGGGCAGUUUAAAAAUCCCUAAGAUGCCACCUAUUGACAUAUCAGUUCCAAAAGUGAAUGUUUCCUUGCCUAGAGUAAAACUGCAUGAAUCAAGGGACUCAAGCUCCUCUGACUUAAACAUUGAAUGUAGUAAGGGUACAUCACAUUUUCCACAUGUAAAAAUCCCAAAAGUUGACCUUUCACUUCCUCAUGGAAAAACAGGCGAUGCAGAUAACCAUGAGGUGGAAAUAAGAAAGAGAGGUAAAUUAAGAAUGCCAGAAGUAGAAAUAUCAUUACCUCAUGGAAAAAAUUACACAUCUAACAAUGACAUGGAAAUUAAAGGUGAAAAACUACUUAUUUCAGUGCCCCCUGUUGAUCCUGAUUUAGACAUUUCCAUUAAAGGGAGCAAAUUGAAAAUGCCUACGAUAGAUUUAUCACUACCUCAUGGAAUCAAAAGAGAAAUUCAAGUACCAGAUUCAGAACUAGAAGGUACAAAAUUAAAAACGCCAACAUUUGAUAUAUCACUUCCUAAUAUUAAACACAAAGAUGUACCAGAACUUCAGCAUGGUGAAGGAAAAGGUAAAGUCAUGAUGCCUGAAAUUAAACUACCAAUAGUAGAGAUCUCAUUACCUCAAGGCCAAGUAGAGGACAUUAAUAUUCCUGAACUUGGAGAGUGUGGAAAAGGAGGAAAAUUCAAGAUUCCUAAUAUCGAUACACCAAAAGUAGAUAUAUCAUUACAAGGCCAACGAGAGGAUUCAGAAAAAACUGAGGUCAGAAGACAAAGCGGAAAAAUUCAACUACCAAAAAUAACAAUGCCUAAAGUGGAUAUAUCAUUACCCCAUAAUUACCCCAAUACAGGUGACCCUGAAGCUUCAGGAUCUGUAGGUGUAGACACUGUUAAAAUUCCCAAAGUACAUAUAGGAAUGUCUAGAGAUGCAGACAUGUCAGUUUCUGAUGAGGAUAAAAAGUUGACAAUGCAAACUACAGAUAUAGAGAGCCCUACUGUGGACCUAGAACUGGAUCUUGACUUAUCGAAAAAAGGAAAAAGGAAUAAAAAGAAUAAAAAGAAGAAUGAACUUCAAGAUACAAAAGGGCCAAAAGUUAAAGGUUCCAAAUUUAAUAUCGGAAUGCCAAAAGUAAAGGUAUCUGCAUCAGGAACUGACAUAAACAAGACUGAGAAAGGAGCUGAUGCAAACUUAAAAGCUGAUUUACAAGCACCAAAAAUUCCUGAAAUUGACUUUGACAUUGACACAGCCCAAGUUGACGUUAACCUUGAUGCUAACAAAAAACAGAAAGUCAAAAUUCCAAAGUUUGGGAUACCUCUACCCUCUUUAACGUCACCUGAAGCCAACAUCACGCCACUUCAGUUAAAAGGCCACUCAAUACCUGUAGACUCUGAGGUAGAAUACGAGGGCCCACGUAUGCCAAAGGUAACAAAAGCAGUAUUUGUCAUGGUGAAUCCACAAAUAGAGAGCUCUUCUAGUGCAGCUGGUGAAGCAAGUGCCGAAAUCGAAGAAGAAAAGCUCAAGCAGACAAAGAUCACAAUGAAGCAGAGUUUUGACAGGUCAACAGAAAAGGGAAAAGCAAUACAUUAUGAAGAGGAGGUUGAAUUUGAAGGAAAGUCAAAAACUGGGAAGCUUAAGUUGCCCAAAGUCACAUUUUCAUCAGGGCAAAGAGGAUCGUUUGAUGUAACACCAAGUGGGUCUGAUGAUGGAACAAGUCCAGGUCUAAAUGGCAGCGACAAAGAUGAAAGAGUAAAGUUUGGGAAGCUUAAAUUGCCCAAAUUGGAGUUUUUCUCACCAUAUUCAAAAGACACAGAAGAGGAACUGGAAAUAAGCAUGAGUAAAAAGACUUCAUGGGAACUCAAAGAGAGCAAGGAGACAAAGACGAUAUCAAGCACAAUGUCUUUCCCAGGUCUUAAGAAGAAACCAGGGAAGGAUGAGGAGGUACAAGAGAUUGGUACUUUAGUAUCCUCAAAAGCACGGACUGAAAUGUUGGCAGAACGGGAGGGAUCAGAGUCCCCAGUACACAUUGAAUCAGCUGAAUUUGUCUCUUUAAAGAAAAGUGAAGAAAGAGAGAUGACAUGGUUCAAAGUACCUAAAGUAACCCUCAGUCCCCAUUCUACUGGCAUCCUUCACAUCACCCCAGAAAGCUCUCCGAAAGCAAGCAAGUCCUCUAUUCCUGGCUCUAGUGAGCAAGCCUCUGGAGGUUUCUAUGUGAAGAUGCCAAGCGUUGAAUAUUUGACCCACGAAAUGUCCUCAGAGCAUAUGACAAGCAAAACAGAGGGAACCCGUACUGUAGUGACUAAGAUGACAAAGUAUACAGAAACAAAAAGUAGCAGCUCGAAACAGUAAGAAUCUCAGUUACUGAACAGGUAGGGAAAUAUACUGGCCCAAAUAUAUUUUUGCAAAAAUUAUUUGUUCUAUUAGGCAAACGCAGCAAAUAUAUAGCCACAAAAGUAUUAUUUAUUUAUUGUAGACCUUAUUUUUAUGUUUUGCCACUCUGUAUUACACUUUGAACUGAUAUAUUUGUUAAGAUCUUUUUCAGAUCACAUAUUUACACAUGCAUUACACAUGCCCAGACCUAAAGAUAUUUAAACACAUUGAAUUUACUUAAGUUUGUGCGUUUCUUGUGCAAUCCUGGCACCGUAUGCCAUUUAUAUCAUAGAGUUUUAAAGCAUUUUGAAAAUAUUGCAUUGCUUUUAUUUUGAUGCCUGGUUUGUUUCUGUGGUUUUUUGGGUGUUGUUAUGGAACUUUGUUUAUUUUAGAUAUUAUUAUAAAUAUAUGUACUAUUUUUACAUAUUUAUAUGCACGAUCUGUACAGAUAAGACACACAAAAAAGCUUGUGAUGUUGAGUACUUUUGUGAUGCACAUUUUUGUGAUUUUUAAGAUGCAUGAAAAAAAAAGUUUUUUGCCAUCACAUUUUCUUGUGAAAAGCUGUACCAGAUAGCAUUUCUCUGUUCACAAGGAAGGCUCUGAAUUGAAAACUUUGAGUGUGAUUUUUUUUUUAUUGUAUUUUAUUUUUUAAAAUUAACUUUUUUGUUGUUUUGGUUGUAGAAGUAGCCUAAAUGCCAGCUGUUUUAUAUGUAUAUUUAAGGUUUCAGUACUGAACUGCAUGUUUGUAAUGUGUUGCUUUUCUGAAACCGUCAUUUUGAGGAUGCUUAUCUCUAUCUAAUGCAAAAAUAGAAUACUCAAAUAAAUCGUUAACAUUA